UAUGGCUGGACGUGAAACGCGCAGGCCCUCUCCCCCACAAGCACGAGUGUGUUGUGUUCGAGUGACUUUUUGACUUUGGCAAGUCUAUUUUAUCAGAAAUCCACGAUAUAUACACAUAAUUUGAGGGCUUCCCUUGGAUUGUCAGUGAGGAAGCUUGUUCCAGCAAUGGCAGGAAUGCUCUUUCGGUUUCUUGUAAGCUUUUUGUUGAUUUCUAACCUUGUUUAUGGGAGCAAUUCAAUCUCAACAAGGAGAACUGGACGUCAGGUGCAUGGUCAUGAUCAAGUUCGUCCGAUUCUCGAGGACACCCACCUGGUACUCCAGAGCAAGAAGAAGGAUCACGAUGAACAUAUCGCGCAUGGAAGAAAGAUUGUAGAACUCAACGAUUAUCCUGGAUCUGGAGCCAACAAUCGUCACACUCCAAGACCACAAUUUGGCAGAUGUGUUGAUUGUUAGCUUCUCAAAUAUUAAAGGAGUG